CACUCUCCUCCACCCAUGGCCGCCGCGGCCAUGGCCAUCUCCCCUUCCAUCCACCUCCACCUCCACCUCCACCUCCACCACCCGCCUCGCCUCCACCGCCUCCUCCACCUCUCCACCACCUCCCCCUACCCAUGGCUCUCCGCCUGGCCGACCGCCCACCGCCGCCGCGUCCCCCUCCGCCGCCCCGCCUCCGCGCUCGACCUCCGCCCGGAGCCCUCCCCUUCCUCCGACUCCGACGACGACGCCGCCUUCGGCACCAGCCGCUCCUCCUCCCGCUCCGCCAUGUCCCUCAUCCUCUCCCGCCUCCGCAAUUCCGGCUACUCCUACUCCCCCCCGGAGCUCCCGCCGCGCCCGCCGAGGGGCUCGGUGGAGGACGUGUUCCGCGUCGACGACGGGGUGGUGCCGAACGCGCGGGGAGGGUUCGACGACGACGCGGAGUCGGCGCUGGUGGACGCGCGGUUCCCGUGGGAGCUGCCGAUGCCGCCGCCCGAGGCGGGGCCCAGGGCGGCGAGGUCGAAGGCGUGGAUGGCGGAGCUGACGCUCCCCGAGGCCGAGCUGAGGAGGCUGAGGCACGCCGGGAUGAGGCUCAAGUCGAGGAUCAAGGUGGGCGGCGCCGGGGUCACCAGGGAGAUCGUGGAGAGGAUCAGGGACAGGUGGAGGAACGACGAGGUGGUCAGGAUCAAGGUCACCGGCACGCCCGCGCUCAACAUGCGCCUCUUCCACGAGAUACUCGAGAGAAAAACAGGGGGUUUGGUAAUAUGGAGGUCUGGAACUUCUGUUUCUCUGUACAGGGGAGUAGCCUAUGACAUACCUGAGCCCACUAAAGGAACAAGUAAGAAUACACAAACUCUUGGUAUGAAGUCCUCCAUCAAAGAGCCACCUGGUCAUUCGUUGCUGCCUAAUGAGAAAGUAAACGAGAUGCAAGACAACAAUGGAGCAUUGGUAUCUAAUGCUGAGAAAGAUACACUAGUUGAACCAGUUCCAGAAAUCAAAUAUGAAGAUGAAAUUGACAAGCUAUUGGAUGAGCUUGGACCAAGAUACGACGACUGGCCAAGACCUGAUCCAUCACCAGUAGAUGCAGACUUGCUUCCUGCAACUGUACCAGGAUAUAAGCCCCCUUUCAGAGUUCUACCAUAUGGAGUACGACCAUCUCUCAGCAGAAGGGACACUACAAAUUUACGGCGUCUUGCCCGUGGGCUGCCACCUCACUUUGCUCUUGGGCGAAGCAGACAACUCCAAGGCUUAGCAGCUGCUAUGGUGAAGUUGUGGGAGAAAAGUUCUAUUGCAAAAAUUGCUCUGAAAAGAGGAGUGCAGCUUACCACAAGUGAGAGGAUGGCUGAAGAUAUAAAGAAAUUGACAGGUGGUGUAAUGCUUUCGAGGAACAAUGACUUUAUGGUCUUCUACAGAGGAAAGGAUUUCUUGUCCCCAGAACUCGCGGAGAAACUGCUAGAGAGGGAAAGAUGGGCAAAGUCCUUACAAGAUGAGGAGCAAGCGCGAUUAAAUGCAGCGUCUUCCUUUUCUUCCAGAACUGAGGCACCUGUAGAGCCUACUGUGGCUGGUACCCUUGGAGAAACUCUUGAGGCUAACUCUAAAUAUGGAAAUAAACUGGAUGAGAAUUAUGAGAACAAGAUGACUAGAACUGUAGAAGCUGCAAGACAUGCUGACCUUGUAAGGAAGCUAGAGUGGAAGCUCCAACUUGCACAGAAGAAGAUAGAAAAAGCUGAAAGGGUCCUUGGAAAAGUUGAGACAGCCCUGAAGCCAACUGAAGGUAUCCAACCGCCUGAAACAAUAACAGAUGAAGAGAGAUUCAUGUUUCGGAAACUUGGUCUAAGGAUGAAGGCAUUCCUGCUCCUUGGCAGGAGAGGAGUUUUUGAUGGCACGAUUGAAAAUAUGCACUUGCACUGGAAGUACAGGGAACUAGUGAAAAUACUUGUGAAAGCAAAGUCUUUUGGAGAUGUCAAGAAGAUUGCAUUGUCUCUUGAAGCUGAGAGUGGGGGUAUUUUAGUUUCUGUGGACAAAGUCUCCAAAGGUUAUGCCAUCGUUGUGUUCCGUGGGAAGGACUAUGCACGCCCUUCUAAGCUGAGACCCAGGAAUCUUUUGUCAAAGCGGAAGGCUUUAGCUCGAUCCAUCGAAAUUCAGAGACGCGAGGCCCUCAGUCAUCAUAUCGCAACCUUGAACAGAAGAGUAAAGAAGCUCAAAGCAGAACUGCUCCAAAUGGAAGGGGUGAAAGAGGAAGGAGAUGUGGAGUUGUAUGCCAAACUUGAUUCUGCUUAUUCCAGUGACGAGGAAGAUGUGGAGGAUGAGGAUGAUGAGGCCUACCUCAGGAGUUUCGACAAUUCGGUAGCUGUCCAGAACGGUGAUGAUCGAACCUCCCUUGAUGGCAGCGACGCCAAUUCUGACGACGAGGGUGACUACUCUGACGAGGACGAUGAUGAAGACGACGACAAUGAUGAAGAGGAUGGUUUUGAUUAUGAAAACGAUGAUGAGGAUGAUGUGCCUCCGACUACUUCUGAUGGUGAUCUAUACAACCACACGGAUUUUGGUAGUUCAGACAGUGAAAACUAUGUUUCACUGUCAGGGAGGGGUGACCCAGAUGUAAAAAGUAAAGGGAGUGCCCUUGACAGCAGAAACUCGUACAGUGAGCAAUCAACUGAACUGACAAACACAUGUAGUUAGAUGCACUGCACAGCACGUAAAUAGGACUACUACCCAAUUUAUUUAUCUUUUGGAGCUGCAUUCACUGGCGUCUUUACUGCAAGCUGGAGCCUGAUUGACUUUGAUCGUUGGAGCUGAUUUCACUGGCUUUUUUGACCGAAAGUCCAGAUCUACACGCAUAUAGACCAACAUGAAUCUUGUGCGUGAGUUCUUAUUAUGGACUAUAUUUUGGUCCAAUUUCAUUGCUUAGAAAUAUGUUUUACA